AAGAUAUACAUGGUUUUUGUUGAUUAUUCUCUUUAUAUGCUUGUGUUUUUAUCAAAUUGGAGCGCAGGCAAUGAUGUACUGGUUAACACCUGUAGCCACAAAUAUAAUAGCAGCAUAUCCAGAAUCUAUUGCUUUUCCAGUUGUAGCAAUAUGUAACAGUAAUCAGCACAGAAUUACUUGGAUAACCGGUGAUAAUAUACAAAAACGACAAGGAAAGAAAGCCCCAUUGGAUUCAAAUAAUUUUAUUGAGAAUUUAAAUUAUUCAGACAUUUUUGACAAGGCUCUUUUGCAAAGCUGGGACAUGGAUGCAGGCCAUUUCCUACAAAAUGCUGCCCAUCAAAGAACUAGAAUGAUUGUAAGAUGCGAGUUACCUAAUGGUAGUAGAUGUAAUGCUCGAGAUUUUCGACCGGUUUGGACAUUAACUGGACUUUGUUGGGCUAUAAAUGUAGACUCGGAAAAUCCAAUACACGUAAACGGGGCUGGGCCAGGAAAUGCACUUCGACUUCUUGUUAAUAUUGAGAGAUAUGAGAGGAUUGAAAGUUGCACACCAAAACUUCGUUCUCGUUUUUUGCCUGGUCUGAAGGUUCUUAUCUAUAAUCAAACAGAUGUACCCCCACAUUAUUUGGAGGGUGUAAAUAUUCCUGCUGGUUUUACAAUGGAUAUUCCUUUUUGGAUGAGACAUAGACAAAAAUUGCCCGGAAGAGACUGUGUUGUUACCAAAAUUUCCGAAAAUGAGAAGAAUGAUGGGAAUGGAAGUCAAAAUAAAAACAGCGAAAGGGGAUGUUUAAUGCGUAGUUAUUUGAGUGAAAUUGAACGUCGGUGUAAUUGCUCUAUGAGAGAAGCUUAUUUUCAAGAAAAUGGUUAA